CAACCAUUUCUGGCAACUGUCACUCGUCCCUCGUCCACAUGUGUUUUAUAACUUGACAGCCGUCACAUUUUUGAACACUCUUGGCGGCCAAAAUGGGUAAACGUAUUCGCGAUUACGUUAAAUAUUCCCUUAGUGAGCUAGAGUGCUACGUGAAAUCCAAAACAUCAUGUGUUCAAAAAGUCAACACACCCAUCCACUUGAACUUCCCGCCGUAUGGCCUGUCCAACUUCAAAGCAACACUUCAGGAUAUCAUCGCCCAGAGAAAGAUUGGGUUUUACGACGCUCGAUUGAAAGGAAUCAUCCUUGAUAUACGCAAUAUAAAAGUCCUCGGAGAUGUGGCAGCUCUACGAUUCGAUGAUCCAGCCGUUCAUUUAAAUUUACUAGCGGAUUGCUAUGUUUUCCAACCGCAGGUCGGAGCGAUAAUCAAGGGAUUGGUUAAGCAUAUCUCGGAAAGACAGAUUGGUGUGAUUAUCUACAGAGUGUUCAGCGUUUCAAUACGACUUAAAGGCCGGGUACCUCGUAAUGUACAGCUGAAUUCGCAGAUCGAGUUUCGUAUUAAGAAAUUUGAUUUGGAGAAUGUUAUGCCGUUCUUUGAGGGCGAGCUCGUUGGCGAUUUGGACGACGAAGACGAGGAUGUUUCAAAUACCCAAGAUACAACUUCCAGUUUCUCGAGAAGAGCAGUGAAAUUUGAGUCGAAUCAUGAGAACGCGAGCAGUGGCUAUAACUCUGAUCACUCUCAUUCAAAGCCACCAAAAACGCCAAUCAAGAAACAGAUGCGGUCCGACACAGACAGCGAUGAUUCUAGUUACCUAGAGCCGGGUCAGAGACCAAGCCAAAGCAAAGCCCGCAGUCCUGAUAUUUUCGAUGAUUCAAGCUCCUCAAGUGAUGACGAUCGAACCGGACGCACCAAACCGAAAAUCAAAUUAGAGAAGUCAUCCCAGGAGCCGACAGAACUGGAACGAAUAGUACAAAAAGUAAAACGAGAAACGUUAUCCCAGGAAGAGAUUUCAUCAAAUCACCGACGGAGGAAGGGUUCAGUAUCGGAUAGUGAAGUUUCCGAAAUAGAGCCUGGUCAACGAAUCAAAGAGGAGCCGCUAUCACAACCCCAAGAAGAACUUUCCCAACGGUCGAAAAAGAAGCAAAAGGUAACGAAAGAGCUAUUUACACACACUGACUCUGACUUAGAAACCACAAGAAAGAUUAAAACGGAGAAGCUCUCCCAGCGUUCCGACAAGGAUACGCCCCGAAAAGUGAAGGAGGAAGUAGACUCAGUGAAUGCUUCCAUGAAAAAUAUCCUGGAGCAGCUGAAAGCUUCCGCACCACUUGCAAAUUCCACUGCAGUUAUAUCAUCGGAAAGCCCAAGUAAUGAGAAACAUCGCAAGCGAAAGCGCAUAAGUUCAAUCGCAUCCGAUAGUCCUGUUCCCGAAGAACGUCACAAGCGACGAAAAAUUUAUCAUACAGAACCAGUAGUCACCGCGGAAAUACAUCUAGAUAGCGACUUUGAGAUGACAACAACCACGUCGUCAGCAAAACGCGAGAAGAAAAAGAAAAAGGACAAAUCCCACGAUGUUACAAAUGAUUCUACAAUUUUAGAUCCAAACAAAGUUAUCGACCUCAAUGAAUUGUCGAUAAAAAAGGAGAAAAAGAAGAAAAAGGCAAAACAUAAAGAAUCUGAAGAUACCAGUGAAAGCCUCAGUAGCUCGUUAAGCAAUAUUUUAGCUAAAAUAAAGGCGGAGAAGUCGGUGCAGUUAUGAUUCUUUUAUUUUGUUAAUAAAGAUACUUUUUACUAUA